AUCUCCGUUUCGGGGGGUGGACUGCCCCCUGUGAGCACCCUGACCAACAUCCACAGCUUGUCCCAUCACAACCCACAGCAGUCCCAGAACCUCAUCAUGACGCCGCUCUCGGGAGUCAUGGCCAUCGCACAGAGUCUGAACACCUCGCAGGCGCAGAGUGUACCUGUUAUCAACAGCGUUGCCGGCAGCUUGGCAGCUCUACAGCCGGUCCAGUUCUCCCAGCAGCUCCACAGCCCGCACCAGCAGCCGCUGAUGCAGCAGUCGCCCAGCCAUAUGACACAGCAGCCUUUUAUGGCCACCGUGACUCAGCUGCAGAACUCACACAUGUAUGCACACAAACAGGAGCCUCCCCAGUAUUCCCACACCUCCCGCUUCCCCUCGGCGAUGGUGGUGACGGAUACCAGCAGCAUCAGCACGCUGACCAACAUGUCUUCCAGUAAGCAG